CAAUCGAUUCGAGAGAGAGAGAGAGAGAGAGAGAGAGAGAAGCAAGAUACAUAUAGAGAGAGAAAACGAGAAAGAGUUAAGAAACUCAACCACAAAGGCACGAACGAAUUUCGUGAAUCAAAAUUCUCUCUCGAUUGAUACCCUCUUUGAAAAAAAGAAAAGAAAACUACUCUAGUUUAUUGUGCUUUUUACACACACGCACAAACAACUCGCAUAUAUGCAAUUUCCCACACACACACACACACAAACGUUUCUACGUUUCUUUCGAUAAACAAAAACAAAAAAAAUUACUAGUAAAAGAGAGAGAGAGAGAGAGAGAGAAUGGGAAGGAUUGGAGAGAGAAAGACUGUUCGUUCGUUUGUUCUUUGUUGUUUCUCUUUUAAAUCAAAAAUCGCAAUCUUUAAUUUAUUACUCCUCCUCCUACUCCUAUUACUAUCGUUAUUAUUCGCCAAAUCUCACCGCACAUCUCCCCCACAGAAGUCUUCUUCGCUAUUGGGAAAAAUUUAGAGAGAGAGAGAGAGAGAGAGAAAGUGUGCUUGUGCCAACAAGCGUGUAAAAGACUUCUACGGAGAGAACAAGCCAGAUUUCGUGCUCUCUCGUUUUCGUCGAUUCCGAUUCCCCGAUUUCCUGAUCCAGGAACCCUAGUUUUUCCGUGAAAUGUAGUGAUUGUGGAAUCGAUGAGCAAUUGAUCCGCUCGGAUGAUAGCUGCUUUGUAGAAUUUGAUCCCCCGAGCCCUAGGUUUUUGCUAUGGAGGAGGGCGGCAGCGGUGGUUUAUCCGAGGGGGAGAAGAUGCAGCCGACGCCGCCGCAGGCCGAGGGAGAGCACAGAGUGAAGAGGAAGAUGAAGACCGCUUCUCAGUUAGAGAUUCUCGAGAAAACUUUUGCUGUGGAGACGUAUCCAUCGGAGGCGCUGAGAGCAGAGCUAUCAGUGAAGCUAGGGCUUUCCGAUCGGCAACUACAGAUGUGGUUUUGCCACAGGAGAUUAAAAGAUAGGAAAACCCCGCCCAUGAAGAGGCCGAGGAAGGAGGAUGCUUCAUUAGCCGCGGGGGCGGCUGUGGGGUCGAGUAGUGGGGUUCGAGAGGAGAUGGUGGUGGGUGGGGACGCGGGGAAUAAUAACGAGCAUGGAUCCGGGUCGGGGUCGUUCGGACACGUGGAGUCUUAUCAGCAGCAGCGGGGGGUGGGUGCGCGUGGAGGAGCGGCUAUCGCACGGAUUGCAACGGAUAUAAUGCCAGCCGUGAAGAGGUACUACGAGCCGCCUCAGGCUUUAUCGGAGCUGCGAGCGAUUGCUUUCGUGGAGGCUCAGUUAGGGGAGCAUUUGAGGGAAGACGGGCCUAUUCUUGGAAUGGAGUUUGAUCCCUUGCCACCGGGAGCAUUUGGCGCACCCAUUGUGACAGUUGGACAGCAGAAACCAGCAUCACGGCCUUAUGAGCCCAAACUAUAUGAGCGUCCUGAUGCUAAACCAAUCAAGGGUGCUGUGAGGGCACUCCAUGAAUACCAGUUUCUGCCAGAACAGCCGUCUAUUAGAAAUGAUUCAUAUGAAAGAGCUGCUCCAUCUCACUACUUUGGUUCGCCAAAUGAUGUUCCAAUUGCCAGACAUGCAUUAUCUGCUGGUCGCUCAUUUAUGCAUGGCAAUGAGUUAUUACCAUCACCUUACGCUUUACAAAGUCAGCCGCCAAGUUUAACUCUUUUGCCUCAUCAAGGCCGGCAGGGCCAUAUCUUGCCUUCAACUUCAGGGGAGUAUGACAUUGUUUCGCAGAAAAACUCUCUCACAGAUAUUGCUACAGAUGCUCAACUAGGUGCUCACCCAAUUACUGGACUGGACAAUCCGUUUGUACCAUCAGACAUACAGGUCACCCCUGAGGAUGACAUUGCUCGGAUGGAGAGAAAGCGCAAGAGUGAAGAGGCAAGAAUAGCAAGGGAAGUUGAGGCCCAUGAGAAAAGGAUUCGAAAGGAGCUUGAGAAACAAGAUAUUUUGAGGCGAAAGAGAGAGGAACAAAUGAAGAAAGAAAUGGAGAGGCAGGAUCGUGAGAGGCGAAAGGAAGAAGAAAGGCUGCUGCGUGAAAAGCAGCGUGAAGAGGUAAGAUACCAGAGGGAACAAAGGCGUGAGAUGGAACGGCGAGAGAAGUUUUUGCAGAAAGAAUCUAUCAGAGCUGAAAAAAUGAGAUUAAAAGAAGAACAGCGUAGGGAGAAGGAAGCAGCGAGGCAAAAAGCUGCUAAUGAUAGGGCUACUGCUCGCAGAAUUGCCAAAGAAUCCAUGGAAGUUAUUGAGGAUGAAAGGUUGGAGCUAAUGGAGUUAGCAGCUUCAAGCCAGGGUUUGCCUUCAAUUGUGUCUCUUGACAGUCAAACUUUGCAGAAUCUUGAAUUAUUUAGAGAUAAGCUCACUGAAUUCCCAACCAAGUCUGUGCGCUUGAAAAGGCCUUUUGCAAUUCAACCAUGGACUGACUCUGAGGAGAACAUUGGGAAUCUUUUUAUGGUCUGGAGAUUUUUAAUGACUUUCGCUGAUGUACUGGGGCUUUGGCCCUUUACACUGGAUGAGUUUGUUCAAGCUUUUCAUGAUUAUGAUUCAAGGCUGUUAGGUGAGAUACAUGUAGCUCUUCUGCGAUCCAUAAUUAAAGACAUUGAAGAUGUAGCAAGGACUCCCUCCACUGUGCUGGGAGGAAAUCAAAAUACUGCUGGCAAUCCUGGAGGUGGGCAUCCACAGAUAGUUGAAGGGGCUUAUAAUUGGGGGUUUGAUAUACGCUGCUGGCAGCGCCACUUAAAUCCAUUGACCUGGCCUGAGAUAUUGCGGCAAUUUGCUUUAUCUGCUGGAUUUGGACCAAAACUAAAGAAAAGGAGUGCGGAACAAGCAUAUCUUCGUGAUGAAAAUGAGGGUGAUGAUGGUGAAGAUGUAAUUUCUAACUUACGCAAUGGAGCUGCAGCUGAAAAUGCUGUUGCCAAAAUGCAAGAAAGGGGUUUUUCAAAUCCAAGGAGAUCUAGGCAUCGCUUGACUCCUGGAACAGUCAAAUUUGCUGCAUUUCAUGUUCUUUCUCUUGAGGGAAGUGAAGGACUUAAUAUACUUGAAGUUGCAGACAAGAUUCAGAAAUCUGGUCUCCGAGACCUCACAACAAGCAAGACACCUGAAGCAUCUAUUGCUGCGGCUUUGUCAAGGGAUACAAAGCUUUUUGAAAGAACUGCUCCGUCAACCUAUUGUGUGCGAGAUCCCUAUAGGAAGGACCCCACUGAUGCUGAGGCAAUCCUUUCCGCAGCCAGGGAUAAAAUUCAGAUAUUUAAAAAUGGAUAUCUAAAUGGAGAUGAUGCAGAGGAUGUUGACCAUGAUGAUGUUGAAAGAGAUGAAGAUUCUGAAAGUGACGUAGCUGAGGAUCCAGAGGCUGAUUAUUUGGGUACUGAACUGAAGCCAAAUAAUGAAGCUCUUCCGUGUGAAGCAGACCGAUUCCUAGCAAAAAGCAGCCUUGGAGAUGGAAUGGACACCUCCCGUGAUGAGGGUUUGAGCAUUCCACUUGUUGGGCUUGACAAUUUGGCUGAUAGGUCCCCUUUGAUGCAGCCUGAAGGUUACAAUGUGGUAAAAAGCAGUAGUGCAUCUGUUGAUCGAUCUAUUGAUGUUGCUGGAAUCUGCAAUGAGGCAGCCAACCUUGAUCAAGAAGACGCUGUUAUUGAUGAGAGUAACUCUGGGGAACCAUGGGUUCAAGGCCUAGUGGAAGGCGAGUACUCAGAUCUGAGCGUUGAGGAACGGCUCAGUGCCCUUGUCGCUAUUGUUGGUAUCGCUAAUGAAGGAAACUCAAUUCGCGUUGUUCUAGAGGAACGAAUGGAAGCAGCAAAUGCUCUGAAGAAACAAAUGUGGGCAGAGGUGCAACUGGAUAAACGCCGAAUGAAAGAGGAUUUUGUGGUGAAGACGCAGUAUUCUGCUCACCUUAGUUACAAGGCUGAACCAAAUGUCCAGUUUUCUUCUGUAGAGGGCAGGCAAAGCCCAUUGCCUGCUGUUGAUGACAAAAAUGGUUUGGUGUCAAAUCCGGUAGUCCAAGAAAACAUUCAAGAUCGACUUGAUGCCACAAAUUAUUCUACUCCUAUAGCUACCGAGCGGAACUCUUCAAUACAAGAAUUCUCUGCUGGCACUGAUAAUCUUAUUUUCCUGACACCUGGAUAUGCUGCUGAAAGGUCACGGUCUCAGUUAAAAGCUUAUAUUGGUCAUAAGGCGGAAGAAAUGUAUGUGUACAGAUCCUUGCCUCUUGGGCAAGAUCGCAGACGGAACCGAUACUGGCAGUUCAUAACAUCUGCUUCUCAAAAUGAUCCUGCAUCUGGCAGGAUUUUUAUCGAGUUACGUGAUGGACGUUGGAGGCUUAUUGAUUCUGUAGAGGGAUUUGACGCUUUGUUUGAGUCAUUGGAUGUGCGUGGGCUAAGGGAAUCUCAUUUGCAUUCAAUGUUGCAAAAAAUAGAAUUAUCUUUCAAGGAAACACUUAGAAGGAGCUUGAUUUGUACAAGCACUGGAGGACUAACAGUUACAGAUGUCAAAAAAGAAGUUUCUGACAUGGCUUCUAACCCUGAUUCCAGUGCCAGCACUGAUAGUCCUACAAGUACCAUAUGUGUUUCAAAUUCUGAUGUGACAGAAUCCUCGUCGUCUUUCGCAAUUGGGCUUGGAAGGAAUGAAACAGAGAAAAAGGAUGCCUUGAAGAGAUAUAUAGAUUUAGAAAAGUGGAUGUGGGAAGAAUGCCUCAAUUCUUCAGUAUUAUGUGCUAUUAAGUAUGGGAAGAAAAGAUGCAAACAGCUGCUAGGCAUUUGUAACUACUGCCAUGAUAUGGACGUUUUUGAGAAUAAUUAUUGUCCUUCUUGCCAUAUGGCUUUUGAAACUUCCGCCAGUGAAUUAAAAUUUUCUGAGACUCAAUGUGGAAAGAAAUAUAAGGGCGAUGGAUGGACUUUGCGGCGUCUGGACUCAUCUCCUACCUCAAGGAUUAGAUUACUCAAAGUAUUAUUAGCAUUGAUAGAGGUUUGUAUUCCAGCUGAAGCGCUUCAACCUGCUUGGUCUGAGGGCUAUCGAAAAUCUUGGGGUAUAAAGCUGCACAACUCAUCGUCAGCAGAGGACCUUCUUCAGAUUAUGACUUUGUUAGAAGGUUUCAUACAGAAGGACUUUUUGUCUUCGAAUUUCGAGACUACUGAUGAAUUAUUGGGUUCUUGUAUUCAAACUGAAUCUGCUGCUAAUAUUUCCCCCAACGCUGAAAUGGUUUCUGUGCUUCCUUGGCUACCCCAAACAUCAUCUGCUGUUGCACUAAGGCUCAUGGAACUUGAUGCAUCGAUUUUUUAUACGUUGCAACAAAGACUGGAUUCUCAGAAGGACAAAGGAGCAGGGAACUUCAUUACAAUCCCAUCGAAGUUUUCUCUUCCGAACAAUAUCCCAGAGUACGAUCUGGCAGAAGCUCCCCAUGAUCCUGAAAAUCUGCUGCAAGAGCCUUGGAUUGACCAAGGGACUAUCCACUCCAUUUCAGGACGGGGCCGUGGCAGCCGUGGCCGAGGCCGUGGCCGUACACGUGGUGGGAGAUCUCAAAGAAGAGCAGUCAUUAAUUCCAGAUCUGAGGCCGCCCAGAGAAGCACCACGACAAAUACUUCUAGAUUUGGACAGUUGCUGGGGUGGAAAGGGCGGUCCCGUGGACGAGGACGUAAGCGGAGUCGUCGAACAGCCAGGAGUAGGCAAAAACCGGUUAAGAGAGUGGUGGAUAUUGGCAGCAGCGAGAGAGAUCAACAGAAGGAGAGUUUCUUUGAGAAUACAGUGACGAGGAGUUCGGAUCUGCAGUGGAAUAGGGAAGAAACUAUGGGCAUUCAAGUGGAGGCCGCGGAAGAGGCUAGCAGCAGUUCUGAUAGGUCAGAUUAUGAUGACUACAAUGGUCUAGCUGCGGGGGAUGAAUAUGAUGACGAUUUACUUGCGGGUGACUAUACUGGUGUGUUUAAUGGCCAGCCCGAGCGUUUAAUAGAGGGUGUUGAUUAUAACGUAGAUGUUGAGGAAGACGAUGACGAUCGGCCCGAAGAGGGAGAUGAUGUGGAUGUAGAUGAUGUUGAUGAUCAAGAGGAAGAUGAUAGCGAGGAAGAUGGACAAGAGGAUAUCGAUGUUGAGAGAUAUAUUAAUGGCGAUUCAGACGAAGAAGGGAAUAGAGAUGGCGGAGAACAAAUUGGCAACCCGGAUGAUGCUACAGAGUCAUCUUCGGAUUACAGUGAGUAAUAUCUCUUGCAGAAUACUUUACUGAUGUACAACAGAUGAUGGUAUGAUUAGCUUUUGUAUUCUUUUAGCUAGAACUUGUAGCACUGGGUUUGCUAUAUUUACAGAGAGAUUUACUGCGCGGAGGAGCCAUUGUAUUGUGGUAGGAGUGUACUGUCGAGAUAGUGGCUACCGUGUUAAACUUAAAGCUGAUCAUCAAAAUGUAAAAAUAACAUUUUAGGGUAAUAUAUGUUUGGUCAAUUUCCUCUGUA